GUUGUUAAGUAACGAGAGGGGGAGACAGAGUGGAGGACGGCCGCCCGUGCUGCUGGAGCUUCUCAGGGACUAUCAACAGGGAGUGCAACCGACGACAGAGCUAAGAGCUGGGGGUAUGAGAGCCGCCAGAAUCCGCGUCCAUCCUCCUCAGCCCAGGCCCCUGUCCGACUGACAACCAUCGGAUCAGAACCUCCACUGAACCAGCUCUCGGACGAACCCAGUAUCGGUGACAACUCGUAAACAUGGAGCUGAGAGUGGGGAACAAGUACCGGCUCGGACGAAAGAUAGGGAGUGGCUCCUUUGGCGACAUUUACCUUGGUGCCAACAUUGCCACCGGUGAGGAGGUAGCCAUCAAGCUGGAAUGUGUGAAGACCAAACACCCACAGUUGCACAUUGAAAGCAAGUUCUACAAGAUGAUGCAAGGAGGAGUGGGUAUUCCAUCGAUAAAGUGGUGUGGUGCCGAGGGAGACUACAACGUGAUGGUUAUGGAGCUGCUUGGUCCCAGUCUGGAGGACCUGUUCAACUUCUGCUCCCGGAAGUUCAGCCUAAAGACUGUCCUGCUUUUGGCAGACCAGAUGAUAAGUCGCAUCGAGUACAUCCACUCCAAGAAUUUCAUCCAUCGUGACGUCAAGCCGGACAACUUCCUAAUGGGGCUCGGCAAGAAGGGUAACCUGGUGUACAUCAUUGACUUUGGCCUGGCCAAAAAGUACCGCGAUGCCCGCACACACCAGCACAUCCCUUACAGGGAGAACAAGAACCUGACUGGCACAGCGCGCUACGCCUCCAUCAACACACAUCUGGGAAUUGAGCAGUCCAGACGUGACGACCUGGAGUCUCUUGGCUACGUCCUCAUGUACUUCAACCUGGGCUCCCUCCCCUGGCAGGGCCUCAAGGCCGCUACCAAGAGGCAGAAGUAUGAACGAAUCAGUGAGAAGAAAAUGUCCACACCCAUCGAGGUUCUUUGCAAAGGAUACCCUUCCGAGUUCUCCACAUACCUGAAUUUUUGCCGUUCCCUCCGUUUUGACGACAAGCCGGACUACUCUUACCUACGACAGCUCUUCAGGAAUCUGUUCCACCGCCAGGGUUUCUCCUAUGACUAUGUCUUUGACUGGAACAUGCUCAAAUUUGGUGCGAGUCGAACAGCUGAGGAUGGGGAUCGGGAGAGGCGGCCGGGAGAUGAGAGGGAUGAGCGAAUCGGAGGAGCCCCGAGGGGGCCCGCAUCGCGGGGCCUGCCCCCGGGUCCCAUCCCUGCAGCUGCCAACAGAGUCAGGAACGGGCCGGAGCAGGCCAUCUCCAACCCCGCCUCACGGGUCCAGCAGUCUGGGAACACGUCGCCUCGCGCGAUUUCUCGCGCAGAGAGGGAGAGGAAGGUCAGCAUGCGGCUCCACCGCGGGGCUCCUGCCAACGUCUCGUCCUCCGACCUCACGGCCCGUCAUGACCAAUCCAGAAUUUCCACAUCACAGGUCAGCGUGCCGUUUGAGCACAUGGGGAAGUAGACUUCUUUGGCUCUGCAUGCACAUGAAACUGACAGGGCUGCAAGGUAUAUUCAUCGCGCCGAUUUAAUUUUUUUUCCUUUUUGUUUUUACCUUGUCUUAUGAAAAAGAUGAUUGCCAAUGGACACAUGGAUCUUUGGAAAAGGACAGUGAAUCUUUUAAAGGAUCCAGGGGAGUACGUGGCGGUAUCCAACAUGCACUCUGUCAUGAACCCUUUUUUUGCUGGACUGUGGACCACCACGAUACAAAAGGCAAACGACUGACGGUCCUACACCAUUUUUACUCCAUGGUUGCUCACACCUGCGCCACUCCUCAAAACAUUUCCCUCAGUACCUUCUGUCAGACACGUGAAGAGCAGUCGGCAUCAAAGAAGCGAAAAGGUUUCCGGGACAUGCGCAUGUUUCUCGUCAAAGGUCAACUUUAGUGAUUGAUAUAGGCUUAGUAAAGAUUUGUCUUUUUCAGUUCAACACAGCGAAAAACAACUUUUCAGUGUAUGUCACCUUUUUAUCUUUCAUGAGGAUAUCUUAAAUUGGAGCUUGUUAUGAGUUUCCUUCCUUUGCUUUUGUUUUUUGGAGAGAAAUAACAGCUGAAAGAUGGAACAAGUAGGGAGAGGUAGGUGGGAGGGUCGUGGGCAAAAAGAACGGUAGCUCUGAAAAGGAUAAGUAAGUGACAUUUUAGCUGUUGUAGAGUAACAUUUUUGGUGAAGUAGCAAUUGGUGCUUGCUUGCCCUUCAUCCACCUUGUGAUGAUUUACUGUCCCUCAAAACCUCCACCACCCCCCCCUUACUUUGCCUGCUUUUACUUGCGUGUUUUCUUUGGUUUUAAUGUGAGUGGGUAAGGUGAAGAAUGACCAUAGAUAUUGCAAAGACGCACUCUCAAGUCUUGAGGGAAGCGCCUCAGGAAAUUCUCCGUGUAUUUGACCAGAGACCACAGCUGCCCGUUUUGGCUAACGAAUAGUGGCAGCAAUUUUUAUGAUAGUUCUAAAUGUUACCUUUUUUUUUUUUUCUC